AUGGUGAUGCUGCAGGAGCCGGAGACGGGCAAGAACGACCAUCUGCGCCAGAAGAGGGCCAAGGACAAGCCCUUCGUCUACGACAGGCUGUUCAACGAGGAGUCCGCACAGAAGGAGGUGUACGAGGAGACGGCGAAGGCGUUGGUGGAGGACGUGCUCAACGGCUUCAACGCUACGGUGUUCGCGUACGGCGCGACGGGCGCCGGCAAGACGCACACCAUGGUGGGCGCACCCGACCAGCCGGGCAUCAUGGUGCGCGCCCUCAACGACCUCUUCCACGCCCUCGAGACCUCGCACGCCCACGCCAACAUGCAGGUGAUGCGGCUCCUGACGAAGGGCAACAAGGAGAGGACCUGCGAACCCACUGCAGCCAACAAGACCUCCUCCCGCAGUCAUGCCCUUCUCCAGGUGAACGUGCGUCAGUCGGAGAAGAAGGGCAACCACGAGGAGGUCAAGAACGCCCGCCUCUUCAUGGUUGACCUGGCGGGGUCGGAGCGGGCCAAACAGACGCAGAACAAGGGCAAGCGGCUGCUGGAGGGCGCGCACAUCAACCGCUCGCUGCUCGCCCUCGGGAACUGCAUCAACGCCCUGGCCGAGGGCAGGGCCAAGUACGUCAACUACAGAGACUCCAAGCUUACCAGGCUGCUGAAGGACGCGCUCUCAGGGAACUGCCGCACGGUCAUGAUCGCGCACGUGUCGCCGUGCCACGUGCACCGCGAGGAGACGCGGAACACGCUCAUCUACGCCGACAGGGCCAAGAACAUUUCCAAGCAGGUGCGCCGCAACGUGCUGGACGUGUCGUACCACGUUUCGCAGUACCAGAACAUCAUCAGCGAGCUCCGGGAGGAGAUCGACCGGCUGAAGGGCAAGCUGGAGGCCGGGCAGGACGAGGGUGCGGCCAACGGCGGCGCUCCCCUCAGCCAGGAGGCCAGGGAGGAGCAGGAGAAGAAUGCCGAGCGCCUCAAGAAGAUCAAGAACGACCUGCUCGACCUCUUCCGGGAGCAGAUGUCCCUCCGGAACAAACUGAUGGACAUCGACAACAACAUCCUGGCCCUGUCGAUGGAGUUCGAGCGCCAGAACAUGGUGGUGACGGAGUGGGAGAGCGAGCGCGCGCGCCGCCUCAAGGGCCGCCAGGAGCCCACCCAGGGGCCCAACGGCGAGGAGAUCAUCGACAUGGACACCGAUAAGGAGAAGGACGAAGACAGCGACGACGACGAGCCUGAGGAGGUGACGCAGGCCUGGGAAGACCUCAUGUACCUGCAGAAGGAGCAGCAGCGGUACACGGAGAUGAGGGAAAAAGUGGAACAGGAGAUGAACGAGGUGAAGAAGCGAGCCAAAGAGAUGGAGGAGCUGUUAACAAAGCGUAGGCGGUGCAGGAAACGGUUAAGGCGAUGCAGAAAGCUGCUGAGAAAGUGGAAGGAGGCCUUACCCGAGACGAUCACGACGGACGAGCAGCGGGAGCUGAUUUCGCUCCUGUGCAAGGUGCACGAGCUGGAGAUCCAGAAGGUGGAGAUGCAGAGCGAGGCGCUGCUGAAGGAGCACGAGCUGAGGCGCCGCGACCUGCUCAUCAUGCGCUACGACCGCCAGAGGAACCUUUGCGACGAGAUCAUCACCAGGCAGCGCCAGGUCAUCGAAGCCAUGAACGAAGGCAGCGCAGAGCUGAGCACAGGGAUGCCUCCCGAGCUGCAGGAGCUGUACGCCCUCUACCAGAUGGAGACGCAGUACGCCAACAACGAGCGCGACGUCAAGUACCUCAAUGAUGUCAACAACCUGCUCAGGUGCCCCUCUACCUUGUCUUUGAGGGCCGCGUCCUUCGAGAAGCUUCCACCGAUCUUCAACAACAAUAACAAGGAGCCAGAGAAGCUGUUCGACCGGCCGGCGCGACGCCACAGCCUGGGCGACGUGCGGCGCCCCGAGAGCGUGCUCAGCCUGCGCAGCCCGACCAGCUCGGCAGGGUCGACCCGGAACAGCCUGCCGCCCCUCGACCUGCGGCGGCCGUCCGGCACCGCCCGCUCGCACCUCUCCACCGGCCGCCGCCCCUCAGACCCGCCCACGAGGAUGCCGUCACGCCCACAGAGCUCCAGGUCGCAGGGCGUCCCUGCUCUGCCGCCCACGCACGCCGGCCGCGCCUCGCACUCCGUCCCUGGCACGCCCACUUCCAAGGGCACCGCCGACCGCCUGCCCCCAAUCCGCGCCGCCCACUAACUGCCAGCAGAGGCACGGUGGGCGGGCGGGGGCGCCCAUGUACAUAGUAGACGAGCGUAGACGUGGAAGUCCGGGCUGCCUUCCCGAGACAAGGGGCCGCCCGGCCGCCCGCCCUCUCUCGGCACGAGACGCCCUGACCGAGCGCGGGCGGGCGCCUCCGGCCGGCUUCGGUCCAUCCGCGGAGCCAAGGCCGCGGACUUUUUCCUGCUCAAAAGGGAUUUUAUGAUGAUUUUCCCUUCUGAGAGGUACCUUUUUUGUUUUCCCUCUGAGGACCGUUUUUAUUUUCCCUCUGAGAAGGACACUUUUAUGGCAUUUUCCCCCCUGGCGAUGGCUAUUUUUUAUACCCGCCCUUUUGAAGCCAAGGCCCGCCACGCACCCGCCGCAGACCGGGCGGGCAAGUGUUCCUCUGCAUCCACGGCAGCCUCCCGGCCUCCUGCAGUUCCUCCUCACAUUAGGAAUCCGCAGGACGCCAGGGUCCCUCCGCGAACACCCAACAGCAGACACAAGUGCUCGUUUCCCUUGCAAGAUCCUGUAGUUGCAAGUCACAAUCACCCGUUUCACUUUCCCUGAGACUGUAGCCUCAGGGUGACGUCACGUCUUGUUGCAUGUCUAGCACAAAUUAGAGGAAUGUUUAGAAUCUAAUGUAUUUUUAUAGACUAUAGUUGAUAAUGACCUCACGCGUGAUGCCGAACACUCGACAGUGAAUAAGUCGUUAUUUCUAAAUUUCUAUAACAGUUGCAUGAGAUGCAAAUUUUACUUGAUGUAGUAUUUUUUCAUUAUCUUUUGCAAAAAGUGUAGGAAAAGUACAACUUGGGGAACAAAAUCGCCUUGUCACUGAAUCCGAGAAAUAUAUCCCUGUGAUUUGAACGCGACUCCCUCAGAAGUCUCUUAAAAGAGGCCCAUCCCAAGGGCGCCGCGGUUGCCCAAGGAAAGGACGAGCACCUUGUUCGCCCCCCCCCCCCCGUUCACUGGGAGACUUCCAAAGGAGGCCGGAAGAGAACGGCUCUCCCAAGGGAACCCACGGAGGGAGGGAGUCGCGCGCCCGACCGCUGUGGGCGGCGAGGAGGGCGCUGAGGCUCUGAAGGGAUGGGUGGGGGUAGCGCGCCAACCAUGUAAUCCUCCGUGUGUGUCAUGUGUAUCUACAUCCAUGUACGUACACCUCGGAUCCCGUCGCUGCCCUGCUGUUGCACCCGGGCCAUCUGCUGCUGCUGCUGCUGCGCCUGGACCUGUUGCUCUUCUGCUGCCCUCGCAGCUCGGCGUCGUCGUCCGCCCCGGGCACGGCGGCCGAGUCGCGUGUGUGCUCGCUGCCGCCCAUCUCGGGCGCGAGCGCGGACGCCGCCGACGCCCGCCUC